UCGUCGUAGCGGUUUGUUUUUUUAACUUUACAGAUCAUAAACACUUCUACAGGUGAUAAAAAACGAGAUCACACUGAUUUCAUCGUGGAUUUGAUUAAGACUCAAACUGCAGCAGCACAGUGUCACAGUACUGCCAAAAGAGUAAAAAUGCAUGCACUGAAAAACCGUGACAUAAGAAGACAACGUGUAGCCUGAAAUGGGAGACCGACGAGUACUUUUGGUAAUAUUAGGUUUCCUCUGAACCCUCCAGUCGCCUGUCGUGUGUUUACAGCCCGUUAAAGGUUUUUUUGCCCCACAUGGUCGUUUCUACGUUACCCGUUACUGCUGAGUAACCGGUUCCUGCUCUUUCCCCGGGGCCUGUAAACUGUCAGUGAAGAAAGAAAAACAAACGAGCUCAUUCCAGACAUUUUCUCUGUGAUGACAUAUUGUCCCAGAGAUUUGAAACCUUUUCGCGUGACCGUCAGUGACGUUACUGGGCUCGUGCUUCGGGAUCGCGAGCGUUUCAAAACCCCGCCUCGUUAAAUCCACCUGUUGCAGCACCUGGAGCAGAGCAGCAGUGCCGGGCUGCAGGACGACAGCAUGGCAGGUGUUCACUCCGGCGAGGGGAUGGCGGGAGUUUUCUCCUAUGAGAGUUCAGAAAUCGACUGGUGCGAAGACAACUACAGACACUCUGAGCAUGUGGUCGAGUCCUUCAACACGAUGAGCAGCUUCAUUUUCUUCAUUAUCUCUCCCAUCAUGCUCCACCUUCUGCACCCGUAUGCCAAAGAGAGGAGCUUGGCGAUCCACCUGGUUUGGGUCAUGAUGAUUUUUGUAGGGCUUUUCUCGGCGUACUUUCACAUGACUCUUAGUUUCGUCGGUCAGAUGUUGGACGAGCUCUCGAUCUUGUGGGUGUUGGCGGUCGGUUAUGCCGUCUGGUUCCCUCGCAGACUCUUCCCUUCUUUUAUAAAAGACAGAUCCACGUUUUCAAAGCUCGUCCUGGUGAUCACAGUCAUCAGCUCGGUGUCGUCAUUCGUCAAACCUACGGCCAACGCCUACGCGUUAAACUGCUUCGGCCUCCAUCUGCUUUACACUCUGAUUACGGAGAUGAAAUGCUGCACUGACCAGAAGGCUCUGCGACUCGCCAAGCUGUCGAUCGCUCUGUGGGUGCUCGCCAUCUCCUGCUGGCUCGGUGAUCGCUUUGGCUGCAGCUUCUGGCAGAGGAUCAACUUCUGCUACCUGCAUGGUUUUUGGCACAUUCUGAUUGUGAUAGCUGUAGCCUACGGCAGCACGCUGAUAGCCUACCUGGAUGCCAACUACGAGAUACCGUACUCGCUGCCUGGACUGCAGUACUGGCCCUGUGAUAGAUGGGCUGUUGGAUUACCUCACAUCGUCCUGAAAGGCAACUCCAAGACUGAGAAACGGUGCUGACGACAUGAAAAUCUAAUUUAACUCUGAAAGAACAUUUCUGUUAGUUUACUCAACUGCUGCAAUCGUGAAAAAGAUCAAUACCUGCUUUUCGCCUUCUUACCAAAAGCACAUCACCACCAACGUUGUCAACCCCCCAAACCUGACUGACACAUAUUUUAACACUCGGGUUAACGCUGGACGACAAAUAAACCCCGUCCGAUCUUAAAAGUGUAUUAUUUUAAACCAUGGCAGGAUUACUGAAUGUGUACAGCGUGCAAACGAAAUCAUCGAGGUUAGAAAUCCCUCAAAUCCAGAGUCAGACGGGGUAAGAGGAGGGGGGUUUCCAAAGCUUCCUGCACUGCAAGACAGUAUAACAAGAAAAGAUGGCACGUGUGUUUUGCUUUUGCUACUUUAAGCUUUUUAAAUUAGUUUAAUUUAUUUAAAACAUGAAAAUGAAACAAGACUUGUUGUAAUAUACAACACCUCUGGGGGGCGCUGUAUAAAGCACAGUGUAAAUGCGUCAGUGCAACGAUUUAAAACCAAUAAAGUGUAAAGCAGUGUCAAUUUAUAUAUUUAAUCAAGGUUAAAUAUGUUACUUACACUUAUGUAAAGUAUGAGUUUAUAGUUAUUUUCAUUGUUAGCUAUGCAAUCGCCUGAAAUACAGUAAUUAGUGUAUCAAUUACAUGGUCACAGAUUACUUUUUAGCCUUUAACUUCAUAUUUCUAACACAGAAAGUGCAGUACUUUAACUGGAAACUUUGACCUUUAUUUAUCUUUUCAACGCAUGAUUGUUUUAUUUAAACACUUGCUUGAACAGUAAAAACUAUAAUUGUAAAUUAGUGCUGGAAGCAGAGCCCGGUGACUGCAGAGGGUCAAAGAUGGCUGAACUUUUGUGGAUGUGCACGUGAUAAAAGUGCGGUUUUACUGAAACAUGUUUCACCUUUUAAGACAAUGAGCUUUAUAAAUCUGUGUGCAGUGAUCUUUAAUGUUGGACUCAUGUAAAUGCUCUUACUUUGUUUAUCAGGAUACAGAUGCACUGUGACUGUAUGUUUUGUUAUGAUAAAAUUAUUGCUUUACCAAGAGGGCAAAAAAACAAAUCUUGGCUUUAAGUGCUACAGAGAAACGUGUUUACAUUAAAAAUACCUCAGUGUGUGACACCGGUGCGCCCCGUCCUCGUGGCUCGUAACCUGCGAUCAGUUUUGUCCCAUUUUCAGUCACUAAAAUGUUUCAGUUCAUAAACUUAAGUUAUCUCUCUGAGCCGUUUCACUGGGGAAAUGCUGCUGAAACAUGACUCAACAGUUCAUAACACAAGCCAGGCUCAGAGCAGCCUGUUACACGCCUAUUUGCUCUUUUGUUUUUUCCUUAGGUUGAGAAUAGCAACCAUAGAUCAUUUAUGUAAACAAAUGCAGGCAUCGUUUUCAUUUUAGUGUGCAACACUGACCUCGUGUGGAUGAAGAGAUGACAGCAGGUGACGGCUUGCAGCCAAGUAUCAGAGAAGCAUUAAUUUCCUUCACGACAGAAUAAAUUCUCGUGUAGCUUUUUUUCCUGACUGAAAACUCUCCGUUCACUUACAGAAAUGUUUGUGCACAAGUCGAGGGUCACCAGGAUUUAAGAGAUGAGGCUAAUCACUAAUCAGUAUGGACUUUUCGACUUCACCAUGAUAUGGGAUUUUCUUUUUCUUUUUCUUUUUUGUUUGUUUUGUAAUAUUUG